CAUACACACACAUGCUUCUUAUUUAAUAAAUCACCACCUUCAUUCUUCUUCAUCAAUUUUGCUUCUUUUUUAAGCUUCAAAUACUCGUUUCAAAAACCCAUUAAUUUCUUCAAAACCCCAUCAUCAAUCCACAAUCUUUUUCCGUUUUCCUAAGUUAAUUUAGGUUGGGAAUUUGGCGGCAAAAAGGGGGAGAUUAGAAGAAGAUGUUGGGUGAGCUUAUAACAAACAGUCUUGUGUUGAUUCUUGGAUAUGCUUAUCCAGCUUUUGAGUGUUUUAAAACACUUGAGAAACAUGGAGUUGAAAAUGGGGAAUUGAGAUUUUGGUGUCAAUACUGGGUGAUCGUUGCAAUACUCACUGUUUUUGAAAGGGUCGGUGAUAUGUUCAUAUCAUGGGUACCAAUGUAUGGAGAGAUGAAGCUAGCACUCAUUAUCUAUUUAUGGUAUCCUAAGACAAAGGGGACCUGGUAUGUAUAUGAAGCAAUGUUGAGGCCCUUUAUAGAAAAUCAUGAGACAGAUAUAGAAAGGAGUUUAAAGGAAAUGAGGGCUAAAGCAUGGGACGUGGCAAUUUAUUAUUGGCACAACUCUACAGAAUUGGGUCAAACAAAGUUCUUUGAAAUCUUUCAUUAUAUAGUCUCUAAGCCCACAAGAUCUGAGAUUCUAUACAAUCAUCAGAACUCCGGUGACGGACGUCCACCGCCACCACCGGUGACUACAACAUCUUUUUUCCGAUCAGAGCAAGACGAAGACACGUGGGCGCCCACCGCUCCACCCCUACCAAACACCACCGGCCGCCACCGCGCUGUGUACGCCGAGGAACUCCACCUUCCACCAUCGCCUACCCGAUCCAACUCGUCUUCGGGUCACCGCGAACAUUGGCUAAGAUUUAGACGGUCAAGAGGAACUUGAUUCGUCGAACCCGAACUAGUAAAUGUACAAAUUGUAAACAAACAAACAUAGAAAAAGAAAAGAACAAACAAAGAAACUUGUAUCUUGCUUUUCAUUCAUUUAAUUCAUUUUUUUUUCUUAAUUCAAAUGAUUAAACAAUUAAACCCGGUGCACGAGGCUUCUGCAUGCGUGGGGUCCGGGGUGUCAAUAUAACUUCAAAUGUUAGUAUCCUAACCCACCCUGCAUUUCUGCAAGAGGGAGGCUGUUUUCACGGGUGAAUUGACAAGAGAAGACAAUCGAAAGCUGCGGUUACGAGGCGGAGGAGGCUGCCGGAGAAUUGUGUCCACCACACGCGGGCGGAUUCAUCGGAUUCGUGGCAGGUGGACAUGGGCUGGAGGUAAGCCCAGGCCGCCUGCUUCACAAGGCGGUUUCGAAUCGAAAUAUCAUAACCCGAGUUGGGGGCGGAGUAAGGAGGUUUCGGGGAAUGAAUGGCGGUUGGCGGAGAUGGGAGAAUGUCCCGGAGGGAGGUGUAACAAGUAUGUUUGAUGCCAUUGAGCUGAAAAUCCACUGAAGAUGAACAACAAGUUGGUGAUGAUGAUGGUGUUGUGGUGGUGAUCAUGGUGGAGAUGAGAUUGUGAAAGUAUGAAGGUUUUAUUAUAAGAAUUGAAAAGUGUUAAAUAUUUGGAGUAGAGUCUAGCCAAUAACUGGCGUAUCUUGUUGAUGUUUUUAGCAUCAUUUGUAAUUUCUUCAAGAUUUAUUAAGAUCCUAUUUUAUUA